AUGCCCAGGCUGUGGCCAAGUUUACUCUCGUGGUUGGAUGGCCAUGGAAUGGAGACAUCUACACUCCCAGUCGAGCCCAGAGAAAUUCCCGGCGCUGGUUAUGGUCUUGUCGCUGUUCGUCGCAUUCCCCCCGCAACCCCUAUUUUCAUCGUGCCUGCCUCCGCCCUGCUCAACUGCAACACUCUUCAACCACAUUAUCCACCUAAGCCUGUCCUCUCUGGUACACAGCUCGUCUCCCUACAUUUACUUCUCUAUCGCCCCCUUGAUCACCUCCCUUCCACGGAUCCCCUCUUUGGUCCAUAUAUCUCCGUCCUCCCCAGCAGCUUUCAUGCCCACCCCUUGACCUGGUUGUGGAAAGAACGCGUCGAGCGUAAUGAAAAUUCGGUUGAAUCCCAUCUACUAGCCCUCCUCCCUCCUCGUGUCGUCCGCGAUCUUGAACGAGUUGCAACAACUUUUUACGCUGACUGGGAAAAAGUUUCCGCAUACCUACAAGAAAAUUCACAUGUCCAAGCCAAGAUGUCGUAUCGCCCUGCAGAAGCGCCCGUCUCAAACGUUGACUUACAACGGAACUUUCUCUGGGCAUGGCUGAACGUCAACACACGGUGCAUAUAUCACCGCCUCAAAAAAACUCAGUCUGACCCCGACAACAUGACACUCUGCCCUAUAUUGGAUUUUGCAAACCACACCACGCAAUCAACGCCUUUGUCGACGCCCAAAAACGUCACGAACGUGGCCCCAGGUAAGAAAGGAACGGAAGAUCUUACCUUUCUUUCGCCUGGAGACAACUGGGCGUUGCCUGGCCAGGAGUUAUUUUUGAAAUAUGGGUCACAUUCGAACUGCACACUUUUUGUGGAGUAUGGUUUCCUCACUCGGGCGACAGAGCGCGAGUUACUUGAGGGAACCGCUCAAGCCGACGUUGACGUCGGGCAAGCGAUUGAGUGGUUGAUCGAGGGAAAAGGCAACCUUGGACUGUGGAUGAAGGAUUGGCUGGAAGCGGAAGGGUAUUGGGGAAACUGGUCCAUACAUACGUCUCCAGCGCCGGCCCAUCCAUCGUAUCGCCUCAUCACGACUCUUCGGCUUUACCAUGUCCUGUCAGAACUGGGCGCUGACUCCGACCUUCCCGAGAACUCAGAUGAGGUCCUCGACGAAUGGAGGAAGGCGACGCUCGGGGAACGGGAGAUCAUUUCAGAACAAAAUGAGGCGUUGUGGAAGGCUACACUGUUAAGCAUCUGCAACGCAAUAAUCCGGGAGGCCGAGGCCGGAGUUGUUCAAGUAAAAAGAAGGGCUUCUGAGUGCACGGUUGACUGGGGAAAAUGGAUGUACGAGAAUAUUGAAAUGCUUUGGAAAGAAGAGUUGCACACAGCAAAGGCUGUGGUGAGGUGUAUCGAGGAGGACGUCCAAUUUUAG